GCUUUUGGCUGGGUAAAGAUAGGCGGGAGGCAGACUCUGGCCCGUCAGCGCUCCGCGAUCGGCCACGCGCCACCCCGGCCCGACCAGACCCAGCAGGGAAAGGCCACCGCACAUUGGCGAGGCCUGGCGGGGCCCAGGAGUGACGUGAAGGCCCCUGACCUGAGAGUGCCCAACGGGUUGUACGUCCUUCUUUCUGCCCGCUUCCACCCCCGGUUUUCACUCGAGCUCUGCUGGUGCUUCACCUGACAACUUCUAGACUCACAGGUGGGGAGGAGCCCAGGUCAGCACUGUCAAUUACCCUCACCCCCAAACACUCCACCGCUGUGGAAGAAGCAUCAGGGCUGGCAUUGCCUUCCCUGCCUUGGGGUGCGUCUGUUCAAACUCUUCCAGCCCCUCAAGCAGAAACCCUGUGGAUUGGGGCCAAACUCCUCUUGCAGUGACUCAAGGCGGCCAGCCCUGCUGAAGCGAUGGAAUGGGAGGUGAAUGGCCCUUAGCCUAUUGCUUUGAAAUGGUUUAUAUUACCCUGGUGCCUGCAUAUUUUUCCCUCCACUUGACUUCUCCUACCCUUUGCUGGUUUUCCUGCCUGGCACCCCCAGCAGUGAAACACAAGGUUGGACCAAGGCCUCCAGGGUAAGUGACCUAAACUCCAAGCCAGCAAGGGCCAUGUCAUCCUGUGGCGGGGGAGGGGAGACUUUCCCAGGGAAAAACCUUUUGCUGAACCUCCCUCCACUCCCACCUUACCCUCUCCUCAGUUUCAGAUGGGAGUGGGGGCAGAGCCAAAGACUAACUAGGAUCCAGAGAGGUGGUGGACUCUGAGACACUACAGGGACAAAGAAAUGGACUGCUGUGAAUUAUAAACACCGUGUGCCCAUCCUGGUUGCCCCAGUUCUAGCAGAUGAUGUGAUACUACUGGGGUGACUGCCCAAAUUAAAAAGAGGAGGGAGGCAGACCUCCUCCUUUCACUCUGAGAUGGAGUCUCAUUAAGUUGCUGAGGCUGGCUUUGAACUUGGGAUCCUCUUGCCUCAGCUUCCUGAGCCACUGGGAUUACAGGUGUGUGCCACUGCACCCAGCUUAUAUCUGCAUCUUGAAACCAGUGUUGAGCAGGCUAAUGGUGACAGGACUGGAAGUGGCUGUCCUGAAUCUCUUGGUAUCAGGACAUCUCUGCAAGGUCACUAAGGUGGACAAACCCAAGGAAAUCAGCAGGUAUCAGCAGAGAGAGCCCUGCCAUCAGGAAAGCAGCACAAGACCAGGACCUACUGAUGGACCUUUUUCAGGACAACCCAACAGCCGUGGUGCUUUCCUAAGCUGCAGGAGACCUGGGCACACCUUCUGGAAGAGCCAUGAUGUUCAGGAGGGGUAGGGGCAGCUCUCAGCAGUGGCCUGGCCUGAGAGGGGAGUGUGGUUGCACAGGCCACCUAGGCAUGCUCAGAGCUGCCCUGCUGCUCAUCAGCUUACCAUGGGGGACCCAAGGGAUGGCCAGUGCCAACCUCAGCACUGCUCUGGGCCACACUGUGCCAUUGACAGAGGGUCGUUACUUGAGCAUUGGAGAUGGCUCUGUGAUGGAGUUUGAGUUUCCUGAGGAGAGUGAGGGCAUCAUUGUGAUCUCAAGCCAAUACCCAGGCCAGGCAAAUGGAACAGGGCCUGGCCCCACACUGAAGGUCACAUCCCUCGACACAGAGGUGCUGACCAUCAAGAAUGUGAGUGCCAUAACCUGGGGUGGUGGGGGUGGCUUUGUUGUAAGCAUCCACUCAGGUCUGGCUGGACUGGCUCCACUCCAUAUCCAGCUCGUGGAACCUCAUGAGGCCUCACCCAUGCUGAUUGAGGAGCGGAGAGAUUUCUGCAUCAAGGUGUCACCUACUGAAGAUACCCCUGCUACCCUCAGCACCAGCCUGGUCCACUUCUCGGAGAACCCAAUACUCUACAUGCUCUUGCCUCUUAUCUUUGUCAACAAGUGUUCAUUUGGUUGUAAAGUGGAACUUGAGGUUCUGAAGGGGCUCCUGCAGAGCCCCCAGCCCAUGCUUUUGGGCCUCUUGGGCCAGUUUCUGGUCAUGCCCUUGUAUGCUUUUCUGAUGGCCAAAGUCUUCAUGUUGCCCAAGGCCCUGGCUUUGGGCCUCAUCAUUACCUGCUCAUCACCUGGAGGUGGGGGGAGCUACCUCUUUAGCCUCCUUCUUGGAGGGGACGUCACCCUGGCCAUCUCCAUGACUUUCAUCUCAACUGUAGCUGCCACUGGUUUCCUGCCACUGUCCUCAGCCCUCUACAGCUAUCUUCUCAGCAUCCAUGAAACUCUCCAUGUGCCCAUCUCCAAGAUCCUGGGGACCCUGCUAUUCAUUGCCAUCCCUAUUGCAGCAGGAGUGGUGAUCAAGUCCAAGCUCCCCAAGUUCUCUCAGCUGCUGCUUCAGGUCAUCAAGCCCUUCAGCUUUGUGCUCAUCCUGGGUGGCCUCUUCCUGGCUUACCGCAUGGGGGUAUUCAUCCUGGCAGGAGUCAGGCUACCCAUUGUACUGGUGGGCCUCACUGUGCCCCUGGUUGGCCUCUUGGUGGGCUACUGCCUGGCCACGUGCCUAAAGCUGCCAGUGGCCCAGCGGCGGACGGUCAGCAUUGAGGUAGGGGUGCAAAACAGCCUACUGGCUUUGGCCAUGCUACAGCUGUCCCUUCGCCGCCUUCAAGCAGACUAUGCCUCCCAGGCCCCCUUCAUUGUGGCCCUGAGUGGUACCUCGGAGAUGUUGGCCUUGGUCAUUGGCCACUUUAUCUAUAGCAACCUGUUCCCAGUUCCAUGAGGCACCUGGGUCAAGCUUUUAUCGCCCAACCACCACACUCCAUCCCUUGUCCCCACAGUUCUUGUGUACCAAAGGCCUUUAGUUCUCAUGCACUAUGCACUCAGACAAAUCCAAGCUUAUUUUUUUUACUGGUUUUUUAUUCUCCAGCUUUCAGUGCCAAAGAGGCCAUGCUGAAUUAGGUAGGUGGGCAGUGCCCAGAAAAUAUAUUUCAAUAAAAGAGAGAAGCAA